GCAGGGAUAUUAUUUGUUCAUAACAUUCCCGUCGAGUUUUAUCACAGCAACUUUUGUUCAAGAAUUGCAACAAUUUCAAUUUUUAAAACAAAUAAAGCUUUGCAGCUGUCAAUACAAGAGUCAACAGUCAACGAUAAAAAUGCCAGUUCAAAACUGAAAUUAAACGAGAAAGAAGAGCUAGUUGUAAGUUUUAUAAAUAAUCUAACGUGCUUACGAUGGGUUUUCCGCCUGUGCCUCCUAUAAUAAAGUCAAUUGCCCACGUAUUAAAAGUUGCGGAUGAACAUGACAACCGCAAUAUAGUCGUCAGUUAUUGGGCACGUAUGUACGCCUGUCAAACAGCUAUGAAAUUAAUCCCAGGGAAAAAACCUCCCGAAGUUUCCGCUUUACUGAUUGCCUUAAUGGACUGGUUAGAAGAAACGAAAAAAGCGCACCAUGACGUAGAAGGGAUUAGUAGUGAAACGGUUGCCCAAGCAAUGAUCGAACAAUACGCUAUGCAACUUUUUACCUUUGCGGAUGGACAAGACCGAGCUGAGAAUUUCAACAAGAACAUGAUAAAAGCAUUUUAUACAGCAGGAAUUUUAAUGGACAUUCUAGAACAGUUCGGCGAACAGACUGAAGACGUCAUCGAGAAGAAAAAGUAUGCCAAGUGGAAGGCAGCGUACAUUCACAAUUGUCUGAAAUCCGGGGACACGCCAACUGCUGGCGGGCCAGAUGAACACUUGAAGAACGUGAUUGACAUUACAAAGGAAGGUGAUGAAGAACCUUCACAAAAUGAUCUUGUUAUUUCGCCACGUUCAUACCGAGAUUUCCCUAAUAGUCAAGGGUAUAAUUUACCGACUGGUCCAGCACCGGCUUCUUCGCCUGUCACACCAGUUGUUCCACCGGAGCCAAAACCGUUCACCCCGCAACCAGAACCUAUGACACCGUCCAUCUCAACUCCAAAUCCUGCAGCUGGCCCUGGUAAUCCAGGUCCCGAGGAGAUACAAAAAGCGCAGAAAUACUGUAAAUACGCUACGUCAGCGCUUAACUAUGAUGAUGUUAAAACUGCAAUCGAAAAUUUAAAUAAGGCUUUGAAUUUGUUGCAGUUGGGUAAGGAAUAAUUUUUGCUUUUUCCAGUUUGCUUAUUCUAUUUAGUUAUUAGUUAGUGUAUCACAUUUAAAAUAAAAUGUUUGUUAUAGUUUAUAUGACCCCCAUGUUCUUAUGCACCAAUUUUAACUAAGUUUAACAGCCAGCUUAAAUAUUGUAUAAACUAGAUAAGCAGGCAACUGUGAUUUGAGAAAUUAAAGUUUAUUUUUUGGCGAGUUUAAA